AUGAAUAUGCACAGAAGGGCAAGUGUCGGUAGAUUUAUCAAAGACAUUACUACCAGCACAGAUGUGCUUGGUUUGGACAAAAAAGUUGAUGAGGAAAUUUACAAGCAGAAGUAUGUUUUUGAGUGCGCGUGGGAAGUUGUUAAUAAAGUUGGUGGCAUUUAUACCGUCAUUAGAACAAAAGCUGCAACUACUGUUGAAGAACUCGGUGACCGAUAUUGCCUACUUGGUCCUCUUAACGACGCAUGCAUGCGAACGGAGGUUGAUAUCGUAGAACCCAAUUCAGAGCCACUUAAACGUGCCCUUUUAAAAAUGCAAGAACACGACAUUAAAAUGGUAUUUGGUAGAUGGCUUAUUGAAGGUUAUCCUUAUGUCCUUCUUUUUGAUAUUGGAUCGUCAGCAUGGCGUAUUGAUUCUUGGAAAAAAGAACUUUGGGAUAAUUGCAAUAUUGGAAUCCCUGUCCAUGAUUCUGAAUGUAAUGAUGCACUCAUAUUCGGUGCUCUGGUUGCCUGGUUUUUAAAAGAAUUCAGAGAUGCGCUUGAUGAAAUGACGGAAGGUGUUAAGCUUCCAAUAAUUGCUCAUUUUCAUGAAUGGCUUGCUGGUUGUGGAUUGAUCUUUUCACGUACUCGACAUCUUAAUGUGUCUACAAUCUUCACAACGCAUGCUACCCUUCUUGGUAGAUAUUUGUGCGCAGCCUCCAUCGAUCUCUACAAUAAUUUGGACAAAUUCGACCUCGAUAAGGAAGCCGGUGAUCGUAAUAUUUAUCACCGAUACUGCUUAGAAAGAGCUGCGGUUCAUUGUGCCCAUGCUUUUACUACAGUUAGCAAAAUUACUGGUUUGGAAAGCAAAUACCUCCUUCAAAGAGAACCUGACAUAAUAACACCAAACGGUCUCAAUGUUAUCAAAUUUGCGGCUCUUCAUGAGUUCCAGAACCGUCACGCAAUCGCCAAGCAGAAGUUACACCAGUUUAUCCAAGGUCAUUUCUACGGGCAUUACGAUUUUGAUUUGGAUAAAACAUUGUACUUCUUCAUUGCUGGCAGAUACGAAUUCCAAAAUAAGGGUGCCGAUAUUUUCAUCGAAGCUCUGGCGCGUCUGAAUCAUCGACUUCAGGAACAGGGAAGUGAUGUUACAGUGGUUGCGUUCUUAAUCUUUCCAGCAGCAACCAAUAGCUUCAACGUAGAUUCUUUCAGGGCUCAGGCUAUUGUCAAGCAACUGCGAGAGACCUGCAAUGACAUUCAAAAUGACAUGGGCACCAGGCUAUUUGAAGUUUGCCUUCGUGGCCGAAUUCCUACUGGUAAUGAUGUUCUCCACCAGGAGGAUAUUGUUCGUCUGAAACGUUGUAUCUACGCCGCUCAGCGAAAUAAUCUCCCUCCCAUCUGUACACACAAUAUUAUUCAGGACAAUAUUGAUCUGGUUCUCUGUAACCUCCGUCGUUGUCGCCUCUUUAACAACCGUUAUGAUCGUGUUAAAGUUAUUUUUCACCCUGAAUUUCUCAGUUCUACAAACCCACUCUUGCCAAUGGACUAUGAAGAAUUUGUUCGAGGCUGCCACUUGGGCGUCUUCCCCUCAUACUAUGAACCAUGGGGUUACACUCCAGCUGAGUGUACGGUGAUGGGCAUCCCUUCGGUAACCACCAACCUCUCCGGUUUCGGUUGCUUCAUGGAAGAGCACAUUGAAGAUCCCGCUUCCUAUGGUAUCUACGUUGUGGAUCGUCGUUUUCAGAGUGUAGAUGCGUCAGUGGAGCAACUGACAAGAUGCCUGCAUGAAUUCUGCCAAUACUCUCGAAGACAACGUGUGGUUUUGCGAAAUAGAACCGAACGUCUAAGUGAACUUUUGGACUGGAAAAACCUUGGCGUGUACUACAGUCGAGCGCGUAUGGUAGCUCUGUAUCGCCAAAGACCAGAUCUUUUUACUCGUGAUAUAGAGCGCGGAGAAGUAGAUGUAGAAGAUGCCGGUUCCUCGAAGAGUUUCCGUCUCUGCAGACCCUUCUCAGCACCUCCAUCGCCGAGCGCUUCACGCAGCUCAAGUUCCAAUCGCAGUACCGGUCGCAGCACACCGACAUCUAAUCUGGACGAAGACGAAGUCGACGAGGACACAGAACGUCUUGAACUUGGUCUCCAAAUGGUCUCUAUCAACGCCAACAACUAUUCAGAGGACUAA